CCUCAACUAUAUUUUUAUUUACACAAUGACCUGAUCGGCCUUGGGUGGGCCCGAUCAGUGCACAGCAGUCGAGCAACAGUCUUCUGCUGCUGCACCGAUUGGCCCUAGCUGGAUGAUCGGACCCAUGUUUAGGGCUUCCGAGCCCAAUAUGAAGGGCAGGCAACAGUAACACUAAAUCUAAGAAUAAUGGUGAAUAAGAAACAUCUCUCUAAUGAAAGGCAUCUUGAUAGAGUUAAGGGUCAUUCAAGACGAGAUGACCAUACCAGACAUUCUUGCUCUGAUGAAAGACGUGACAAGUAUGAUCACAAGCAUGGAGAACGACAAGAUGACUACUAUUACUAUUCUAGAGACUCGGACGAAAAAAUAAAAAAAAGGUACUCUGACAGCGGAGAAGCAAGGAACUCAAGAUCAUCAAGAAAAGAAAAAACUUACUCAUCAAAGGAAAAAGAAACCAAAAGAAGAGAAAGCAGAAAAGAGAAAAAAGAAGAUGGAGAUUGGAAUAAUUAUGGGUAUUCCAUAGAGGAUAUAAAAGAAUUUCUUCCCCCAAAGGAUGACAAGGAACAUAAAUCAGAUGAAGUGAAUGUGCAAUCUUCAUCAGCAGGGCGAAGGUCGCAAGAUGACUAUAAAGUAAACAGUCGAGAUGAGAAACCAAAUGUAAAACAUUCCAAGCAACAUGAUAAUGAUGGUUUGUUUCCAUGGGAACGGUAUAGAAAUGAAUUGGAUAGAAUAUUUUUUAGAAAUGAGGACUUUAGUAUCAGAAGAAGGAGUCAGGAACAUGACGAUUUUUGGAAUUUCUUUUUACGCUAUCAGCAAUUCCAAAGUAGAAGGCAGAUUUCAUCAAAAGCAAAGGUAAGAUGUGAUGAUGAUAAAAGAAGAAAGGACAAUGAUAAGGAAAUUCCUGCCAAACGUCACAAUGAUUCAAUCAAAGACCAAAAUAUAGAUGAUCAAUUAGAAUAUUACAAAUCACUUUAUAAAGAUGGUGAAACUGAUAUAAAACCAAAGCAUUUAAAGGAAUUCAAGUUUGUUAUCAUGAUGUACUUAGAUUUUUGUCAAAAGCAGAAGGUUGAUAGGCUAUCAAAACUACGUGAAGACCAGAGAAAUCUACCAAUCUAUCAAUUCAAGAGCAAAAUCAUUGAAGCGUUACAAGAACAUCAGGUAAUCAUCGUUGCAGGUGACACAGGAUGCGGGAAAUCUACUCAGGUGCCACAGUACUUAAUGGAGGCUGGAUACAGUUACAUUGCAUGUACUCAGCCCCGUAGGAUUGCUUGCAUCUCAUUGGCAAAAAGGGUUAGUUAUGAGACGCAAAAUGAAUAUGGUGAUGAGGUUGGCUAUCAGAUACGGUUUGAGUCAAGCAGAAGCAAAGCCACUAGGAUCGUGUUUUUGACAGAAGGUUUGUUACUAAGACAAGUAGCAUCAGAGUCAUUACUAAGCCAGUACAAUGUGAUUGUGAUUGAUGAGGUUCAUGAACGCCACAUCCACACUGACUUCCUCUUGGGUGUACUAAAAGCCAUUGUGCAGCAGAGAGAAGAUCUCAAGGUGGUCCUUAUGUCUGCUACCAUCAACAUCAAUCUAUUUUCAAAUUAUUUUCAUAAUGCACCAGUUUUACAGGUACCAGGAAGGCUUUACCCAAUUACUUUAGAGUAUGUUCCAAUACGGGAUGAGGAGACAACAAGUCGUCUUGAAAGACUCAAUCCACGACCCUAUCUCAGGAUAAUGCAGCGAAUUGAGCACAAGUACCCCACCACCGAGCGAGGUGACCUACUCAUAUUCCUCAGUGGCAUGUCUGAGAUAUCGAGCGUGGUGGAAGCAGCAAGAAUGUAUGCCAGUCAAACAAAGAGGUGGAUAGUCCUUCCACUCCACAGCACGUUGUCAAUAAGUGAACAGGAUAAGGUGUUUGAUGUUGCCCCAGAUGGGAUUAGGAAGUGCAUCGUUUCAACAAACAUUGCAGAAACUUCUGUCACAAUCGAUGGUGUCCGUUUUAUUGCUGAUUCUGGAAAGGUUAAAGAAAUGAGUUACGAUUCAAAGGAAAAAAUGCGCAAACUGCAGGAAUUCUGGAUAAGUAGAGCAAGCGCUGAACAACGCAAAGGAAGAGCAGGUAGAACAGGGCCUGGUGUUUGUUUUAGGCUUUACGAUGAAUCUGAUUAUGAUGAAUUUCAAGAAUACACAACCCCAGAGAUCCACCGUGUUCCCCUGGACUCAACUCUACUGCAAAUGAUAGCAAUGGGCCUACCAAAUGCGAGGGAGUUUCCAUUCAUUGAACCACCUCCUCCAUCAAACAUUGAGAAUUCCUUGGCAUUUUUGAAAGAGCAAAAUGCUUUGACAGAUGAUGAGCAAUUAACGCCUGUUGGGGCCAUGCUUGCCAGACUUCCCGUAGAUGUGGUGAUUGGAAAGAUGUUGAUAAUAGGCACUGUAUUCAAAAUGAUUGAUCCUAUACUUUGCAUAGCGGCUUCACUGAGUGUCCAGUCUCCAUUCACAAGCAAGGCUCAUUCUAAUCAAGAUGCAAUGGCUGCAAGACGUUCCCUAGAAUCAGACCAUGGUGAUCCCUUUACACUCCUCAAUGCUUAUGAUGAGUGGGUCCAGAUUAAAGCAGAUCGAAGCUCUACUUCCCGUAAGUGGUGCCGGCGACGUGGACUUGAAGAGCAGAGGUUUUACGAAAUGUCAAAACUUGUGAAACAAUUCAAAGGCUUAUUAACGGAUUAUGGUUUAGUGAACAGAAAAGUACAAACAGCCAGUGAGUUAACAAGCUAUGAUCGACAGCAGAAAUAUAGAGAUCGUAAGAAACUGACAUCACUAAAGAGAGAGCACCAGGGCACCAGGAGGAAGAGGAAGUUCCUACGUCUGGAGGAUGGGGAUGUUGAAAUAAGUGAAGGGGAAGAUGAUGAUAAUCCAGAAACUAACAUAGCUGACUUGGAAUUUAAACUUUCCAAUGAUUUGAAUCAGCUGCAGGAGGCAGCAAACGUGACAAGAAGUUUUACCCUACGUGAUAUCAACCUGCUUAAGGUGAUCCUUUGCAGCGGACUGUAUCCACAGCUUGCCAUUGCAGAUGACUGCAAUUCCUAUAGGAAGGACACAGAUCAAGUGUUUCAUACAAAAGCUAAGCCAUUUGUGUUACUGCAUCCCACUGGGAUAUUUGCAACCAACCCAGACACCCUUGAGCCACCAGUAUCUGAUGAGGAGUCUAAUACUAAGAAGGUGUUCAGUAAUAAACACCAGUUGCUAGCAUUUGUAUCGCUCUUGGAAACAACGAAGCCCUACCUUGUGAAUACUAUGCGUGUUCCUGCACUCCAGACAAUGCUACUUUAUGCUCACAGUUUAGAUACAAACACAGAUUGUACAAGAGUUGUGGCUGAUGACUGGGUGGAGUUCAAGUUCCAAACAGAUACGGAUGCUCAGCAAAUGAUCUCCUCAGUAGUCCAACUUAGAGACACCUGGCAGAAGCUUCUAAAAAUGAGAUUAGAGGAUGCAAAUGGCUCAAGUGCUGAUCAACCCAUCGACGUUGGCUUAUUACAAUUUGAAAAGCAGCUUGCAGGCAAGCUUGUGCAGUUCUUGGAAUCUAACAUCAAGUACACAAUGAAGAAAAUUGCUGGUUCUGAAUUACAAAAUCUGUACAUUGGUCCUACAGAAGGAAAUGAUACAGAUAACUUUUUCAUCUCACAAAGUAAAGAUGCUAAGCCACACCCUAUCAAAGGCGGUACCCAGGUUAACAGUUACCUCACAAUUGCCAGCCUUCAAGACAAUGAUUCAAACAGCCUAGGAAUGUAUAGCUCUGUUCUCCGUGAGCAUUGGACAUGUUUAAAGUGCAAUGAAGCCAUGAUUGUAACAAUGGUUGAAAGGUUACAACAUCAAAGCGAGUGCAAGUCAACACAAUUGUUAGAUACAGCUGGAACAUCUGCAGAUUCUACCUCGGCAAAAAGCUCCUUAAAGAAACUGGCAAAAGCGUUCUACUGUGAAAUCUGCAAGCAAGACUUCAGUCUCACUAGUACUGAGAUUCUAAAACAUAAACGAUCCCACAAGGCAACUGAUUCCUUGCAAUCUUUUUCAAAGUAACAGUGAUCCAUAACUGAAUUGAUGCAUAGAAUAACACUAUUUUGCAUUUUACAAAGAAAAUAAUCUAUUCAUUGCGACUCAUUAAAAAUAUUAUUUACUUGUAGAUUAUAUGUUGUUUUUCUGACUUUGACAUGUUCAUAGUCAUAGUUUUUAUAUAAUAUAAUAAACUUGAAAUACAGGUUAUUUUAUUUAAUUGUU